CCCCCGCAGCCCCCCAAGCCCGUCUCCCCCCGCCGCCCCCGGCAGAACUCGCGCUACCAGACCUACCAGCGGAUGUGGAACUACAUGCACUCCAAGCAGCCCAGCGUCUUCGUCAAGAGCACCGAGGAGGGCAUCGCGCGCGUCCUCAACUCCAAGUACGCCUUCCUGCUGGAGUCCACCAUGAACGAGUACCACCGGCGCCACAACUGCAACCUGACGCAGAUCGGCGGGCUGCUGGACACCAAGGGCUACGGCAUCGGCAUGCCGCUGGGGUCGCCGUUCCGCGACGAGAUCACGCUGGCCAUCCUGCAGCUGCAGGAGAACAACCGGCUGGAGAUCCUCAAGAGGAAGUGGUGGGAAGGGGGGCACUGCCCCAAGGAGGAGGAUCACCGCGCCAAGGGUGCGCGGCGGGGCGCGGCCACG